AAAAAGGUUGACUCGUGCGAUUUUCGACAUUCGAAUUUCUUCUUAUUUCGAGAACUGGCAACUUGCAAGCUUUAUUCGAAAAAAUCGAAAUGAGGUUUUAUAUCUUUUUUUCGGUUUUGAUCGCGGCCGUCAUUAUAGCGGAAUGUUCCCAUACCUUUAUGGGAACAAACGUGCUGAGGGAAAGGGUGUUCAGUCGUAAAGUACAGUACGAUUCGUACUUUUUGAGGAAACGCGUCGAAAACAUUACUAUUGUGAUCCCACCUAAAUUCGGCUACCAACGUGCUAUUCAGGGUAUCCUCGCCUACGACCUGACCAGGUCGUCCGCAUCCGCCAACGUGACUUCUGGCGGGCUCGGUUUUCCAUUCGUAACACUGCGAAUGAAGAGCGAGCGCGGCCUCGAACUGAAAUACGACAUCAGUGUCUACGUGUAAUCAACAAAUUAUAUGUAAUAAACUGAUACAGUAAUA